AUUUCUGAAAGGACUUAUAGUUGCUUUUUUUGUGUAUCACACUAGAUGAUGUUGCCAUUCUUAUUAAAUUUUACUGGUCUGACUGAUCUCCUUUGUCCUGGAAGACUUACAUUGUUAACUUUACAAUGAUGUACCCAUAUAUACAGUAAAGUACUCUUAAAGUAUUUGCAUUUCAAUUUAUUUAUUUAGCAGAUGCUUUGAAGAAAAGCAUCACAGAAAAAUACAGUGAGUGCAUUACAUUGACAAGGCAGUCAAGGUAAAGAAUAAGGCAUCAAGGCAAAGUACAAAUUCAAGGUAAAUCUUUUACUCAAGGGUGUGACAGCAGAUCUUGACCCAGAAAUUUCCACCUUGCAAGGAAAUAGCCCCUAACUCUUGUGUUCUCUGCUGUCACACAAAUUAACUUGCUUCUUUCGGUAAGGCAGCUUCCAGUGUUACAUUUGCACAUGGUUGCCUUGUGUUAAAUAGAAAAUAAUUAUGAAAAUCCAGCGAGGGAACUCAAAUAUGUUUUCAUCAAGUAAGUGUUUAAUAGAGAAUGAAGACACUGCGUUCACUGCACAAUGGUGUCGUGGUCUGUCGUUAUCCGCCAGCGCUGCAAGUGGCGCCAUCGCACUGAAGGGGCCUCUAGUUGUGCUGUGUGCGCCACAGCCUCGCUUUCACACAAAAACAAAGAGACUGCUUCGCUCGCAACAAUGGGCAUCAGUAAACUGGCGGAGUUAAUUCGCAGUGAUGCACCAAAUGCCAUCUCGUACAAGAAAACAGGCGACUAUUCAGGUCAGUUAAGGGCUUCUUUCCUCAUUAUACCUCAAUAUUGUUGCACUUUUUUUUUCUCGUUACACCUAAAAACUAACUUAGCAAAUAGGGUAAAUUUAAGAGGAUUACACAUUGGGUUGAGAAUAUUUUUCUGACCACAUUGCUGCAACAAUACGUUUAAAGAAAGACUGAACACAAGGCACACAGCAGUGACACGUAGGUCGCCGAAAAGUUAAAGGUCCGUUGUUGACAAUGACGUCAUGGUCAAGGAACGUUCCGGGGACGUGUCUGCAAGUCGCGCGAGAAUGUUAUCGCGCGCUCAACACUCGCGGUUGUUUUGCCGCUGCGUCUCCAGCCGAUACGUUGUUGGCUUGUGUUCUAUUAAUCUUAUUCAGCGUUAUAAUACUUUUUGUGCCCACUGUAUUUCUCAUUUCAGUCGAAUGUCUCAUAACGUCCUUUUCUUCCUGUCAGAAUAAAAAUCUUUCUCGCUCUUUUGCUGCCUUCAUGACUGGUUUGUCUGCUUUUUUUUUUUUUUGAGUCCUCGGUGUUAUUUUCUCCGACUCCUUUGCCCCCGGCAACACACAGUUAGUACCUAUUAUUAAUAACCAGCUUUACACUGAUUUACACAGCGGGCUAUUCUACUGUAUCAGUUGCACCACACCUGGAGUGCUAAGGCGAAACCAGACACUACGGGCUGCUCGCUCAAACUUUUUAAAUGCAAAAAUAUCAAUACCUCUUUUCGUUAUCUUUUGUGUUCUUUCAACUAUCUUUCUCACGAAUUUGCAAUUAACCUGCAGACAAUAUGCAGCGAUAUCAGUUAUAGCCCACAGUACACACACCCCCGGAGCCCUGUCUGCAUUUCCACACUGAUUUUUCCCAUGACAGCAUUGCUUCAGAGUUCAGCUUUACCUCCAAAUAUCCUACUCAAGCGAGUGCUUUUAAGUUGCAGUGCUGCAGAUUUCGAAUGCGCUGUUGCCUUUUGGCGAGAAGCGAUGCCAAAUAGAGCAUGUUUCUGUGUGCUGUGUUUCAUCAUGUGUGUUGUGUCCUGUGUGCUGUAGUUUGCACUGUCAUGUCAGUAACAGUUCCAUCAUCCCAGAACCAUCUCUGCAGGUGGCUCCUAUUUCCCGACUGCAGCCAUUACCGCACUCUUAAUACCAGAUAUGGCAGGAGACUCUGCUACCAAAACUGCUCUUGGAAACUAAGCGAGGAACUGGAUUCAUGACCAGCAUUGUUUGUUUAAAUCUCAGGAUGCUGCUUUGUUGUUACGCUCGUUGUACAGCAUAACCCUAACCCUUCACUGUCAUAGCCCUGUAUGCCCCACUGCAUAAAUGGGAAAAGUUAUUGCCCUGGACACCUCUAUCAUACUCAGUCAAUUUCGCAGUGCUGUCCCUCAAUUAGGGAAACUAAGCCACCUCACAGGCCUGUUCUUCCGCACUCUGCACUUCCUGGAGCAUGACAUCAAGCCAGUCUUUGUGUUUGAUGGGACACCGCCGGCGCAGAAGAAGAAUGAGCUGGAGAAAAGAGCGAAGACCGCAGGUUACACUGGUUCCUACAUUAAAGGCAAAGAUUCCCCUCACAUCCAGGACUGUAAGCGCAUCCUGCAGCUUUUGGGAGUGCCUUGCAUUCAGGCUCCAGGGGAUGGGGAGGCGUUCUGCGCACAGCUGGUAAAGGAGGGCAAAGUUCAUGCUGUGGCCUCGGAGGACAUGGACACGAUGCCUUUUGGGAGCGAACUACUGAUCCGCCAGUUUGAUGCCAAGAAGGAAGGUGAUGUUAUGGAAUACUCUUUAUCUAAGCUGCUUGAUAUUCUGCAGCUGACUCACAAAGAGUUUGUAGACCUGUGCAUCCUGCUGGGGUGUGACUACUGUGAGAAGAUCCAGGGCCUUGGUCCACGGAGGGCACUGAAGCUCAUCCAGCAGUACAAGACCAUUGAGGACGUGGUGCUGCAUGUCAACAGGAAGACACAUCCCAUUCCUGUGAGUUGGAAAUACCAGGAGGCACGCAGGUUGUUUUUGGAAACACAGCAGAGUGACCAACCAGACCUGAUUUGGACAGAGCCCAAUGAGGAGGAGCUGGUCCAUUUCCUGUGUGAGGAGAAGCACAUCAAUGUGUCUAGGGUUCGAGGGCGGAUGCAGAAGUUUCAUAAGAUGCUGCAGGAGAGGAGGAAAGAACGUGAGGAAAACAGCAAGCAGGCACGCAUGGAAGACUUUUUCCGCGUGACUCGUAGGAGGCAGAGCUUGAUGGAGGGCCAAGGGCCCAGCAACAAGAAAGCCAGAUAUCAGUGAUCCAUCCACAGAAGAAGACUGUGUGGCCUAUCCUGUCCUACAACCUGCAUUUGUGUGUGCUACCAUUUGUGUGUAUAUCAUCGUGAAAGACUAAGGAAAUUACUAUAAUGAAAAUUUAGGGGAAUAUUCUGGAACCGUUACGCCACUGACAGAAUCUAUAUACUAGGUUGAAUGGUGUAAUCAUAUUGAAAUUUAGUUGACCAGCAAUGUAUAUGAAAGGAGAUCUAAAAAGUUAUAUUUUCAUAAUUAGGACAAUUUUUUUUUUCCCUGUACUGUAUCAUUUGCACUUUGGCAGUUUUUUUGUGUAAAACUAAGGUAAUAGAAUCUUAAUAUUAUUCUGCCAGUUUCUGAAGAUGCCUUUUUUAAUUCAGUUGAAGUUUGCAACUUUCUUUUAGUAAAUAAAUAAUCUCAAAGUUUAGUAUUAAUCAGAUGCCCAUAUUUAAUUUUGU